ACACACACACACACACACACACUGAGCAGCUGACAGCAGUAGAAAGAGGCCAGCAAAUGUAUUUAUAGCAGAGCUUCUCUGAGUCGGACCGGUUCUGUCCCGGUUCUGUCCCGGUCCUCCAUUGCAGCGUCGCCAUGCCUGGCAGCCAGACCCGGAGCCGGCCCAGGGACCGGAAUAACAUCCUGAACCGUCCCGAGUUCAUGUCCCUGAACCAGCCGGUCCGCAGAGAAACCUCCGGGGAGGGGCGGUCCAGGAGAACCGCCACGAGACGGCCGAGUCAGCAGGACGACGCCACGGCGAGGGGGUCCAGGGACUCCUCCGAUGGGGCCCCAUCAGGAGACGGGGUUCCGAAGGACGGGUCCCGCUGGCCCGAGCAGGACUGCAUGCAGCUGAACCCGUCCUUCCGCGGCAUCGCCAUCAACUCGCUGCUCGCCAUCGACAUCAACCUGUCCAGGCGUCUGGGUAUGUGCAUGGUGGGGCCCCGCGGCCCCGGGGCCCCACUGCGCCCCAUGGUGGCCCUGCUGGCCUUCUCUGGACACGCGCUGCCCUGGCUCUGCGGGACGCUGCUCUGCCUGUGGCGCAGCGACUCGCUGGCGGGACAGGAAGUCCUGGUCAACCUGCUGCUGGCCCUGCUGCUGGACCUGAUGACCGUCGCGGGCGUCCAGAAGCUGGUGCGGCGCCACAGCCCGUGGAACGCCCCCCCAGGGUUCCUGGACCGCGUCGCCCUGGACUCGUACUCGUUCCCCGCCGCCCACGCCAGCCGGGCCGUCGUGGUUUCCCGCUUCCUGCUGAACCACCUGGUGCUGGCGGUGCCCCUCCGGAUCCUGCUGUACCUGUGGGCCUUCCUGGUGGGCGUGUCCCGGGUCCUGCUGGGGAAGCAUCACCUGUCGGACGUCGGCUGCGGCCUCGCGCUCGGGUUCCUGCUCUUCAGCCUGGUGGAGUCCGUCUGGCUGGACUCGGCCGCCUGCCAGGCGCUGCUGGCCGUCGGCUCUCUGCACUGGGCGCCACUGGUGUAGAGGGCGCCAGACUGGAACCGGAGCCUGACCGGACCGGAACCAGAAUCAGGAGAUCACCUGGUUAGACAACUGUUUAACCCGCUGCUGGUGCGUUGACAACAACGAUGUAAUGAUGACAAAACCUUCAUCCAGACAUUUUGUGUUUUAAAAUCGUCCGUCUGCAUUCAGCUGUUCUCGGGUCGGCGGCAUUUUUCCUCCUUUACAUUUUUCCAGAAAUGGAAUAAAGUCCAUUCCUCCAUCUAAA